AUGCCACCCCACCACGCCGAUCUCAUUCGCAGUCUGAACGAGCUCUAUACCCUACUAUAUCAACUCGGGGCCUAUGAAGAGGCCAAGAUUCUCCGACCAGAGGACAGCAGCAUAGGAGGUCGACAUCCCGAGGGGGCUAUCAACAGCCCUGCGGCUCUGGCCGCCGGAUUCACUCCGGCCGUGGUUGAUGUGAUGUACCAGAUCCCAUAUCUCGAUGUGGGGGUGCUGGAAUUCCAGAUCUGCCUCAAUACCUUCUUGGUCAACUAUCGAAGUGAGAAGGAUUCCGACCAAGGGAGCUUCGAGGCGUGGCGAUCGACCUGUUCCCCGGAGAUCGAAUUGCCCGAGAACACGGUAGCCUUGACGCAAGCCUCGGGUGGGGGGAGGACCUGGCUCUAUGAUGUGGGGACUGGACUUAUGCGCGACUGGGACUUUGAGAGUGAGGACGACCCCCUGGUAGUACCGGCCGAUCUGCCCUCCAAGGUUCUGGCGCCCUAUAUCGAGAAAUACAGGAGUCUGCACUAUCUGAUCACCCCGAUGGAGUUGGUUUGUGCGUGGGAGCUGUUCAUGGCUGGGCAUCCGCCCGAGGACUGGGGGCCCUGGGACCGGUUGAAUUGGUACAUCGACUAUGGGGAGUGGAAAGCGACCCGAUAUCUUAAGCAAAUCUAUCUGCAGUAUGGCUGGAAAGUCACUCCCGGGAUGUCUCUAUCACAGGAGCAGUUCCGACGAGCGGACUAUCUGCGGGCGAGAGACCAGUAUUGGGCAGAGGUUGUUGCGCCCCUCGGCAAGGCAGCGGAAAUGUUUCGAAGACAGCGGAUGGUGGAGACGUGUGAGAAUUGA